AUGGACAAACAGCAGCAAAGACGCAUAUUGAGCUGGGUAGAAGAAGAUGUCGAUGACAUCCUCGGUGGUGAUGAUGAUGAAAAUGAAACCGGAACGUUUCCUGAUAAAGUAAGAGAGCAUGACACUGACUCGGAACAAGAAUGUGAUUUGCGUCAGGUAUUUUGGAAUUGUAAUGAAUCUUUGGAAAUAUCAAACGAAGAGCACUUGGGUUUGGGAUUGGUGAACGAAUUUAUGGAAGCCCUCGGAUCUGCGUUCAGUGAUGGGGAUGAAGAACCAAUGAUAAAUAUUUCGUACAGUAACUUUGACAUAUUAAAAAAGGUAGAGAAUAUACCAGUCGAGGACAAAUAUUACGACUUUGCCGCGUGA